UGAGAGAUAAAUUUGUAAAUUAAACACUGUUGUUUCCCCUCCCCUUAAUUAUCCACACAAUGAGUGAGACUUUUUGUGUUGCAGAGACUCCAAAGCAAAAGCUGUUUCAAGACAACUCCCUUCCUGUACUUGGUGUCUGCUCUUUAAAAGUCUCAAUUCACUGAAGAAACUGCUUGAAGUCCUAUGAGAAAAGAUAUUGGUUGUGGUGAUAGAAAGCUGUCACACCCAGUGGAGUCUUAAUGUGACAUCAUUGAGGAAUUUGAACUCAGUCAUCAAAUCAUGGAUACCAUUGCCUUGCAGUCUGUACCCAUUCAGGUGGCUACCAUUCCUCUGGAUUCCACUGGUUUUGAACCUCUGUGUUUUCUCUUCGAAACUCCCUUUCCUACAAGGCUGUGUGAUCUUUUUCAAAGAAGCAUUGAGAUGCUGCCAAGUUUUGUCCUGGUACCUUUUGUCCUUGGCAUCAUUUGCUCAGAUGCUGCAGAAUUUGGUUCCAUAGCUGAAAGUGAAGAUGCUCUCCUCAGACACUUGUUCCAAGGUUAUCAGAAAUGGGUUCGGCCUGUGUUAAAUUCUAAUGACUCCAUAAAAGUAUUUUUCGGAUUGAAAAUAUCUCAGCUUGUGGAUGUGGAUGAAAAGAAUCAGUUGAUGACAACAAAUGUGUGGCUCAAACAGGAAUGGACAGACCACAAACUACGCUGGAAUCCUGAUGAGUAUGGUGGCAUUCAUUCAAUUAAAGUUCCCUCAGAAUCUCUCUGGCUUCCUGACAUAGUUCUCUUUGAAAAUGCCGAUGGACGUUUCGAGGGCUCCCUCAUGACCAAGGUCAUUGUGAGAUCCAAUGGAAGUGUCACUUGGACUCCUCCUGCCAGUUACAAAAGUUCAUGCACCAUGGAUGUUACAUUUUUCCCCUUUGACCAACAGAACUGCUCUAUGAAGUUUGGAUCCUGGACUUAUGAUGGUACUAUGGUCGACCUCAUUUUGAUAAAUGAAAAUGUUGACAGGAAAGACUUCUUUGACAAUGGAGAAUGGGAAAUACUAAAUGCAAAAGGGAUGAAAGGAAACAGAAGAGAAGGUUUAUAUUCUUAUCCAUUUAUUACCUAUUCUUUUGUCCUGAGACGCCUGCCUUUAUUUUAUACACUUUUCCUGAUAAUCCCCUGCCUGGGGCUAUCUUUUCUCACAGUUCUUGUGUUCUAUUUACCUUCAGAUGAAGGAGAAAAACUUUCCUUAUCAACGUCUGUGUUGGUAUCUCUGACCGUUUUUCUUUUAGUAAUUGAAGAAAUAAUCCCAUCUUCUUCAAAAGUCAUCCCUCUCAUUGGAGAAUACCUAUUGUUUAUUAUGAUUUUCGUCACUCUGUCAAUCAUUGUUACCGUUUUUGUAAUUAAUGUUCACCACAGAUCAUCUUCCACCUAUCAUCCCAUGGCCCCCUGGGUGAAGAAGCUGUUUCUACAAAAACUUCCUAAAUUGCUUUGCAUGAAGGAUCAUGUAGAUCGCUACUCUUUCCCAGAUAAAGAGGAGAGUCGAACAGUAGUGAAAGGUAAAGUCUUGGGCAAAAAGAAACAUAAGCAGAUUAGUGAUGGAGAAAAGGUUCUGAUCACUUUCUUGGAAAAAGCUGCAGAGUCUAUCAGAUAUAUUUCAAGACACGUGAGAAAGGAACAUUUCAUCAGCCAGGUUGUACAAGACUGGAAAUUUGUGGCUCAAGUUCUCGAUCGAAUCUUCCUGUGGCUCUUUCUGAUAGUGUCAGUUACAGGGUCGGUCCUGAUUUUUACCCCUGCUUUGAAGAUGUGGUUAAAUAGUUACCAUUAGAAACAUGUCUCCAGGGCCAUUUAAAAGCCAUGUCAUCAGGAUAAAAGUCCCACAGUAGAACUGACAUCUUCCAGCAUGUACCCAGUUUAAAUGCAUGUGUGCUUAUUUCUCAGAAUCCUGCUAAUGUGG